AUGUCCAUCGAACAGGUGGUUAGGGUUGGGGGUGAUGUGUACUCGAUUGGAGCCAUUACUGUUAUGAAAGGUUAUUAUAGACAGAGUUUGAGUUUCCUCUGUGGUUUGAUUAUCGUUUUGACUACUCAGAUAUCAGGGUAUGGAUGGGAUGGAAUGUUGAGAAGGUAUUUGGUUGAUCCAGUGGAGAAAAACCUACCUCAGAUCAGGGAAUCUAUUGUUGAGGAUGAUUAUUAUUGUUUGCCCUUAAUGUUCAACUUUAGAUAUGCGAACAAAAAGUUUAGCAAUCAAUACAUGGCAACAGUAGGAGUCGAUUUCUUGACAAAAGAAGUGGAAUUUGAAGAUAUGCUAUUCACUCUACGUGGAGCCCUAAUUUGUGCAUCAACGGACAAGACAUUAAAGCUUUGGGACCUCAAUAAACCAGCCAAAUUUGGUUGUUCAUCAACCACAGCCAACAGUUGCAUGUUAACCUUUAAAGAUGAGGUAUUAUGCCUAUGCCCUAUUUCUGUUUAUCAUUUUGAGAAUUUGAAAUUUUAA